AAUUCAUGCCCAUUCCUAACUUCACUUCAUAAAUGUUCGAUUUCUUGCAACGACGUCAAUCAAGGCUUGUACUCUGCUUGUUGAAGAUAUAAUUUUUCGGUAAAUAUUUGUUUUAUUCAUUGUAAGCAGUGUGAUUUUGUAAAUUUUCGUAAUUAUUCUUAUCAAAGACAUGGCUCUAAGCGUUGCACUACCCCUGACUGGUUUGGAGACGGAUAAUUUCAAUUCGUUCAGCUCGUUCGACCAUAUCAUUGACAUAGCGGGAUUGUCUCAAUCUAGCCCCAGCCCAUCAAAUUCUAGUGAGUCUAGCGGUAUCGGCUCACUGGGCUCGCUCAAGUCGGAAUCAGUCAACAAUGACUCCAUACCGUCUAGCCCUCAGACAACAGAAAAGAAAAUAUUUGACACGGUUGUACAGCCACAGCCACGUCCAAAAGAAGAAGAUGAGGAAAUCAAAAUCAUGUAUGGGGGACGUGACAUCUUGAAUCUGAUGGCCAAUCUCACUGACCCGCGAUGGAACUACCGCCCCACCGUGCUGCCACCGAACAACCCGGCUUUGUUCUUUGCUAACCGAUCACAAUACCAUCGUCUUGGACCAUAUGCUGCUCGCACACAGUAUGUAAAAGAUACAUGCCCUGAUUGUGGCUUUACAUGGGUGGUCGCCGCCACAGAUUGAGUAGACAAAGAGUCAUCAUAAAUUCUGAACAAACAGAAGUUAGGACAGUACAAUUGGGACACAUCAGGGUGCAUAUCAGCUUUCUAUUAUUAAUAUUAAUUAAUUGUCAUUAUAAUGCUGUCAACUUUAAUGACAUCAUUAUUGAAAAGCUAUGAUUCUAGUUUCACAAUUAUAAUUUAUUAACGACAACCUGUCUAGCAAGUGACAGGGAAUUUUGUGAUCAACUGGUUUUUUUAUUAUUAUUUAAUAUGGAUAAAUUAUUUUUUUUAUUAUUACAAAUUUGAAAAGUUCCUCUGAAACUAAAAUCAGUGGUUUGAUGACAUGUUUCCUAUGUAAUGCGUUGAUGUCUUCCUGCUGUGGCCCAAUUUCACAUAUGACUGUGGAAUAUGUAUUGCCACCGUCUCGCGCAUUCGUAGAGUUACUUUUAAAACGUGACUUAAUACUGUGAUCUUAAUUUAUACAAAUCAAUUUUUUGACAAAUUCUGUGAAUGAAACGCGCGACGAUUCGGCCUUCUUUUAACUUUUAUUUGUGUGAUAAUUAUAGGCUUAAUUAAUGCUACAAACAUGCAUUGCCAUAGGAUUUGCAGAGAUAUUCCAAAUCAGCAUUUUUAUUAGGUACCAUUUCAAAUUAUAAAUUUUUCUGAUCUUCAUAAAUUAUUGCACUGACUUAAAUUUAAUAUAUUAUGCUACACUUAGUUCCUCUUAGAAAUAUUGAAUGAUUUGUUAUCCAAAGAAUCUUAUUUGUAUAAUGAGCAUAUUAUAUUACUAUAAAUUGUUGAACAACACAAUUUGUAAUGAUUAGUAUAAAUUGGUUGACUUGAUUAACCACUGGCAUUAGUGUCCAACUACUCUUAAAGCAAUAUUAAAUUAUGGUCAUUUACUUAUAUUUUUAUGAGUUAUACUUCCCACCAUUACAUGUAAUAAUUAUUAAUAUUUAAAUAUUGUUUUAUUAUUCUUUAAGAGAUUAAUGGUUUUCUUAGAUAUAUUCCACAGUCAUUGAAAAGGAUCGUAAUUGUUUUAACCAAAAGGCUGCUUCGCGGAUGUUAUUUAAAUUUACGAUUUUGACGAGACAGGCACGAAUUUAAAGCCAAGCUGUAGGAUAACUUUAAGAUUAAUUUAUUAUUGGAUUUACCGUCCGAGCAUAACAUAAUAAUAGUGAUGACAAUCUUAGAUACGAUCUUAAAACCCUAUCAAUGUGUGAGAUUGCUUGAACAACUCUUAGUUUAUGAAGAGCCCAUGCUAUACGUAGUCAAAAUGGGUUAUCAGUGCAUAUCAUCACAAAUUAAUGCAGUGAUUGUAAGGUAUUAGUAGUUGUUACAGACCGUUUUAAAAUGUUUCGAGUCAUUGAUCUGCCCAGGCUCUGGGCUCUAGUGAAUUAUCGUAAGUGUCGUUGACAGACUGGCAAUAUCUCUAUCUAUGUGCAUAUAAUAUUUAAUGUAAUAUUUGUGGUCUCUUAAUUUAGUCAACAUAUUUAAUAGUCUCUUAAAUUAAAUGUAAGUAACAUAUAUAAAAUACUAACUAUAGUGGAUAAUAAUUGAUACUGUCGUUUUGUGCAACUUUAGUUUGGCUAUGUUGUAAACGGCUUUAAUUGAUCUGGAGUAUGUAUUUGUACACAAUAAUGUUGAAAUAUUUUCCACAAAGUUAUUUUUGUAAAAAAAUGUUGAUACGAGACAAUACAGUAUGUAGUUUUUCAAAAAUUUUCUUUACAUAUAUUAUGAUGUUCGCUAAAAGGUUUGGAGAAUAUUUUGGGAGGGACCAACAUCCACGCAAAGAUAUGUUAUCAUUUAUUUACUGAUGCAAAAUCAGUAUGAAAAGCAGUUUUUAUCAUACUUGCAUUUUUAUCAAGUGCUUAUCUUUUGAGUCAUUUUGUACACGCUUAAUUCUGUUUUGUCUGUUAUCACAUUCUGGGCUAUGAACACUAUGAUGACUAGAUGAAACAUAUACAAGAUCAAUUUAUUUAUAUUAAUGGUUCAGUGGGUCUUGACUGAACAUAUAGCAUGGAUCUCAGAAUGCAGCUAAUAGUUAAAUAAUCAAUGCCACCAAAGAAGACAUUUCUAUAGCAUGAGUUUUAAAAAGAUAAUCAUUUUAUACACUACAGAAGUGUCUUCGAAUGCCUAAGUGUGCUAUAUCCUCAGUUACACAUACUCACAAAUGGUUGUUAUUGGUUUAAAAUAAAAUGUUGCAUUCAUAUAUUUUUAGUUAAAUGACAAAGCUAUAAUCGAAUGUAGUUAAAAGAAAAGUAUUGGGAGCGAUACGCACAGAAUUAGAUUAGCUUUUGUUGUGAAUGUUUCCAUAAUUUUAGUAUGCGAUUCCCCGUUUGCACUGGUAACCGUCGCAGGGCGGUUCGCCUCGCUCAUUAUGUGGAUGGCUAGUGUCCAAAACUACUUUAAAACCCCAUUCAUUUUAUGUUUUCAAAUAUUUUUUUUUAACUAAGUUACAAACAACAAGUUACAAAAACUGAAAAUCAAUAUUAUCUCACAGAAUUUUUUUUAUAGUUCAUUGUUAAGCUCAUAAAAGUUUGACCACACUAGCCAGCCGCCACGAGAGGCCGAGGUGCGAUGCAAUAACUGCAUUCCACUUUUAUUUUAAGAUAGCAGCAGUGUUAAGGAGUUGUUAAUUUAUUUAAUCCACAUUACCAAAUGUUUUGGUUGUUGUGCUUUUUAUUUAACAAAAAUAUUCUAAAAUAUCAAUUUAGUACCUUCCAUUACUAAGUGUCUUGCAAGUGAUUUUACAAUAUUUAAAUCAUUUCAAUUUUAUGCAUUUUAUUUUGUUUAGUCAAAUCAUUUGUACAUAAAUUGAUAUUAUACAUAAUAUUAUUUAUAUGUUGUAUUUUAUCUAUAGUUCAUUCAUGUUAUAUUAUUUCUCAUUGAACUGUAGUCAAAUGACAGUAUUUUUAUAAUGAAAAUUGUAUAGGGAAAAAGGGUUUUUUGCCAAGGCGCUGCGGCUGCGCACGCGGCCCGCGCCCGGUCUGUAUUAUGUAUAUCUGAUAAGCAUUAUGUAGGUUUAGCGAAAUAGAAUUAACUCGGAGAUAACUCCAAGUACCAAAUCUUAUUGGUUCAAUGUUGUUCUCGUAUUAUGGUGAUAUAGAGCGCCGCGCGGCGUCAAGCUCAAUAUUUUAGUAACCCGUAAGAAAAUUAAUACCUCUUGAGAAGAAUAAUAUAUAUUAUAUAGUAUAUCCAAUCGAUAAUCACAUAUUAUGUAUUUCCCCAUUUAUUUUGAUGUGAUAUCAUAAAUGACUGAUCUGAAUUUAGUUUUUAAGUUGGUUAUUGAUAUGCAGUGCUAUUUCGAGAGUGUAAUUAAGAUUUAAUAUUGAAAGUGCCAAUGCUCGUAAUUUAAUCUUUAUGACGACUGUUCCUUUAUUGUAGCUGUGUGAGGAGCUCGGCUCUGAAUAUGUACAUGUCAACUUCAGUAUAAGCAAUCUUCCUUCUUGUAUCUAACACUAAGUUUCAAUUGUUAAUUUAAAUGGAAUCACGUAACGUGCACAAUCUCAGUAAUGCUUGCAAUAUUAUGUAUUUACAUCCUCACUUAUUAAUUUAAUCCAGCGUAAUGUUAAGAGUACAAUAUGAAAUGAUGUUAUAUCAUUCUAGUAUCAAAAUUAGCCGAAGAUGUUUAAUAUUAUUAUUAGUUAGGUAAAAUUUUAACAUAGCUUCGUAUAAUUGGGAUGUUUUAGUAUUUAGUAGUGUACUGACAUCGUAGUGGCAAGCGAAAUGUCCUAAAUGAAGUGAAUAAGUGUUAGUGGCAAUAAUACUCGAAGUAAGUUCCCUGCCAAUCUACUACAGGGGCGCGGUUGGCGUUCCACCUGCGCAAGCGCCGCGCAUACAACUGACCGGUAGACACUAGAUGUUUAUUUGUUGUAAAUUAUAAUAAUAGCCGUAGGUAUUUUAUCGUACUUAAAUAAUUAUUCUUGCGAUGCCUUAAUUCUGGUUGUCAAUUAGACAUGUCUCUGCCUAGAGUGAUAACAUUGUUUAAUUUAUUUUAGUUUUGCUGUUCCGGCUUCCUCCGUGAACUUCCAGUCCAGGCUGUUCUCUUUAAAAUGAUUUUGAGGUUGAUUUAUUUUUACCUAAGUGUUCUUAUUAAAUGUUACCAAAAUGUUUUUAAUAAAAUAUUUUUAUAUGUA